AGGUUGUACAUGUAAAGGUAUGGAUAAUUUCAGUGUAUGAGUGAAGAGGAAAACCUUUAUUUCAUCUCAGACAUUCAUCUGUAAGUAUGUUUAAGCAAUUUUUUGAAGGUGGAUCCAACACUGGUGUUUCAUCUUUAUCUAUGGACGUUAGCAUCAUGUAUAAAUUGUUGAGGAAUUUCUCUGACAUUUAUCCUCCUGGAAAUGGAUGGGGAAAGGAACCUAGAAUAGUGGACAUUACAGAGAGUGAUGACAUAGAAAGAAUCCGUUUAUAUAGAAAUAAAUACAGCCAUGAUUCUGGAAGUAGCCCUGUGAUAAGUGAUGAAGUCUUUAACAUAAUCUGGGAUGAUCUUUCUAAGGCCAUUCUAAGACUCAGUGGUGGUGUUUUGAAGAGAAGGAUUAGUGAAAUAUAACUGAGUGGAUAUUAAAAUUUGACAACAUAAACUUGACAACAAGAAUCAUUACUAUCAGAAAAAAAGAUGUUUCAUGAUAGUAUUCAGUUACAUUUAUUGUUAAAAUUGUGCAAUAUUUUAUAGUGCUGAUUAUAUUGAAAAACAAGAUAUUCAUUUUCUAAUGGCAACAUAAUGUGAAAUACCCUUCAUGGAUAAUAGUUCAAGAUUGAAUUUACAAUUUCUUACUAUAAAGUGGUAUUUUACAUAUUACUCAUCCCUGGAUUUUAUUAUCUAUCUUUGUUUUUAUUGACAAUAUAUCAAAAGGAUUGGACACAAAUUCCAAAAACUUAGAUAGUCCUCUCCCAUCUAUAUCUUUAUGUACUGUAAUAAGUUGUGCUUUUGCUUGUUCAGAAAUUUUCAUUUUUCUUUUUUCGAUAAUUGAUUAAUAUUAUAAUAGUAAAGGAUAUUUUUGGAUUUUUUUUUAGAUGUUUACUUGUAUUUAAAAAAUAAUGAUGAAAUAAUAUGUCUGUAAAUGAAUGUGAUGAUUACAGCAGCCAUUAGGUACGUCACU